GAGAGAGAUGCAUUUGGUCCAAAGCUAACGAGAUGAGAGAUGAGGCGCUAGUACAGGCGGGGCGGGGCCUAUGGGAUUAGUAAAUUGGGGGCAAGAGGGGCUUUUCCCUAAUUCCUUGGCAGGGAGCCAGCUCCUCUCCAAGAGCCAACCUCCAGUCAUCAUUAUUACCGUUUAUUGCCCCUUUACUCUCUGACUGUCCCUAUGCCAAAUGCCGUAUAAAUAUAUCACUUAAUCCUUGUUCCACCCCUGCAGGGUAUCACAACAGAGAAGGGCCAAGCAACUUUGCCUCAGGUUAGGCAGUUAAUAUGUGCCGAAGCCAGUAUUCCUACUUAAGUCUAACUUAAGAACCUAUGCUCUUCUCGCUUUACUGUACUGCCCCACCCUGAAGGAAGCCCCCACUUCAGGCUUAGCAGUGGCAUAAACCAAGUGUAAAACCGCCUUCGACCUGGGCUCCAGCCCCCUCUUCACCUUGCUUCCUCGGGCGGUGCAAGGCAGGUUUCAGUGGCUCUGAUGGGAGUGGGGAUAGAUUCUGGGGUGGACAUGAGUGCAGCCUGCUUCCAUGGAAUGCCCUGGUAUGGCCUUUACCCUCAAACCAGACUCAAAGCCAGGUGCAACUGGGAGCCUCCCCACUACAGCUCGUGCCCACCACAAAGCCUUCAUGAAGGUAUCUGAGAGUGGGCAAGACACCUCACUUCAGCCUACAAGGACCUUUGGCAUAAGGACAAAUACAGACCUUUCUUUGUUUUUGCUGUGAGGACAAAAGCCCUUAUAGGCAAAGGAAUCUCCCUCCCACCCAAAAAUAUUUUUGAUGACAGCCCUUUCUUUGGCUCUUCAGAAGGUCGAGGGAAACAUUCAUCUCUCCCUUCUGCCUCUCUGGCACACUUGGCCCAUUUUAGCCUUAUCUUUUGAGAAGUCAGCCAUCUUCAUAACAGUACUAUUGUUCAAACUUUCCCCCACAAACCCUGUGGGCACCCUUUAGAUGAGGUCCUCCAGGCCUCCUCUCCACAUUUCUCAGACUCUGUUACUCAGGAAACUUCCCCUGAGUCCCAUAAUCCAGAAGCUCAUCCAACAGUCAUACAGUUUCCAUUUAGUAUGUGACCCACCCAAACCUGAAGAACUUUUCCCAUCAUGCAUCCUUGGAGCCAACCACCUCCUGCACCUGGAUCUCUACCUUAACGCAGUCCUCAGAACCAAAUAGCCUUAUACAGGACUCUAAAUCUAUUAACAUCUACUAUGUGUUGGACUCAGAGUAUCUUUUGUUUCAGCUAAUCCUUAUAAUUCUUACUUGAGAGAUGAAGAAACUGAGGCAGAGAGGUAAAGUGACUUGCAGAGAUAUAUCUGAUUCUCUAUUGUCAGGCAGUUUUAGGCUAGGAGGUGACUUGGGGAGGAAAAGGUCCUGUUUUCUCUGGAGGCCCCUGUAAUUUGCUGAGUCACUUGCUGCUGUCUCACCUGUCCCUGCCAGUCUCUAGGAAGGAGGAAUGACACUGGAGAGGCAGAGAGGAGUGACCACAGAGACAGAGGGGUGGGUGGGCUGGCCCAUGGCGGAAACCUCGCUCCCACAGCUGAGGGGAGAUGCCGAAGCCACGCCUUGCCCCAGCGUCCUGGAACUGGAGGAGCUCCUGAGGGCAGGGAAGGUUUCUUCCAGCCACGUGGAUGAAGUUUGGCCCAACCUUUACAUAGGAGAUGCGGCCACAGCAAAUAACCGCUUUGAGCUAUGGAAGCUGGGCAUUACCCACGUGCUGAAUGCCGCCCACGGGGGCCUCUACUGUCAGGGCAGCCCUGACUUCUAUGGCAGCAGUGUGAGCUACCUGGGGGUGCCAGCCCACGACCUUCCUGAGUUCGACAUCAGUGUCUACUUCUCCUCUGCAGCUGACUUCAUCCACCGUGCCCUUAGCACGCCUGGGGCCAAGGUCCUGGUGCACUGCGUGGUCGGGGUGAGCCGCUCCGCCACACUGGUCCUGGCCUACCUCAUGCUGCGCCAGCAGCUCUCCCUGCGCCAGGCGGUGAUCACCGUGAGGGAGCGCCGAUGGGUCUUCCCCAACAGAGGUUUCCUUCACCAGCUCUGCCGGCUGGACCAGCAGCUGCGGGGUGCAGGCCGGAGCUGAGGGGCCAGAGCUGGGCCUUACUCCCUGCUAUGGGGCUCUGCCACUUUGCCCUGGCCCUGCUGGUGCUGCUGGAGGUUGUGGCCCAGGUGGAUACCCAGAAGAUGGUAAGAGCCCAGUGCGGGGCCCGCCCUAGAGCCUGCAACUCCAUCCACUUCCUCCUGCUG